CCUAGAACUACAAAUGAGAAAUGCUUUUUUCUGUGACUGGAUUACAUAUGCAAGGGGGAAUUAUGACACCUAGAUGGUACAGUGGCAGUUAUCAGCCUCACCCUGCUGAACUGAUCUAUAUUUACAGUUCUUUAGCCCCUUAUUCUGUUUUGGAUGAACACUAAGUGCCAUUCUUGGCUAAAAUCUUAACAUUUAAUUAUGAAAACAAUUAAAAUAUUGCGCAAUUAAUAUUAAUCGUGGGAGUUAGAACAUAAGAAUGGCCAUACUAGGUCAAACCAAAGGUCCAUCUAGCCCAGACUCCUGUCUACUGGCAGUGGCCAAUGCCAGAUGCCCCAGGGGGAGUGAACCUAACUAUGCUUUGAACUUUCAACUUGUUAUACACUCACCUUAUAGUAAUUUAAUCUAAAGAGCAUUUCCCUAGUUUGCUUAUGACAAUGUCAUGUGGGACGGUGGCAAAAAUCUUGCUAAAAUCAAGAAAUACCAUAUCUGCUGCUUCCUCACAUUAACUAGGCCAGUAACCCUGUCAAAGAAAGGAGAACUCACUAAUUGAUACAGACAGGACAAAAGGGGGAAGGUUAGAGAGGGUAAAAAGAAAAAGUAGGUAAGAGCACUCUGGUGAACAGUGGUGAACAAAAGCAGAGCUGACCUAGGUUCAUCUGUGGGCCGGUGUCUGGCACUCAAACACGGGGUGGCAGGAACACCUGCUUCCUCCCCUAAAACGGCUUAUGCUACAGUGGGGGAAGUGCAGGUCCAGGCCUAGGGCGCUGCGUCCCUCCAGUGAGCCUGUUACUGGUGCGAGGCCCCGCCCACCACAGCGCUGUCCCGCGAGUCUCUGCCAUCAGCUCUCUGGUUCCGGUCAGGCUGACGCUCGUUCCACCCUUACUCACUUUCCUCUCUCUGGUUACCGGAACUACAGACAAGCGAGGGCCAGAAGGGCUCGGAUGAGUCUGACCCCUCAAUCGCUUCCGCUGCUCGGAAUGUUUCUAUUAGAAGGGCUCAGACAAGUGCUUCCGCCCUCUCUAGCGUCAGCUUCACAGCGCUGUCAUUCGUCCGACGUGCCCCGCUCCGCCAUAUCCUUCCGCCCACGCAGUGACUGCGAGCCGGCCUCGAGCUUUGCAGCUUUCCCAGCCGGCGGUGGGGGGAAGGGAGGGUUGAGAGCGGAAGCAGUCGCGGCUGCGUUUCCGGCCGGAAGUGCGAGCUGGCCCGGGUUCUGGGAGCGCUGUGCCGGAAGGCGCCGAGCACCUGGGGGCGCGAUGUCUGCCAGUGCCGUGUACGUGCUGGACCUGAAGGGCAAGGUCCUCAUCUGCCGGAAUUACCGCGGAGAUGUAGAUAUGUCUGAGGUGGAGCAUUUCAUGCCAAUUCUUAUGGAAAAGGAAGAAGAGGGAAUGCUUUCUCCCAUUCUAGCUCAUGGAGGAGUUCGUUUUAUGUGGAUUAAACACAAUAAUUUAUAUCUUGUUGCUACUUCUAAGAAGAAUGCUUGCGUGUCUCUGGUGUUUUCGUUUCUUUACAAGGUGGUUCAGGUAUUUUCAGAAUAUUUCAAAGAGUUGGAAGAAGAGAGCAUUCGAGAUAACUUUGUUAUAAUUUAUGAAUUGCUUGAUGAGCUCAUGGAUUUUGGCUAUCCUCAAACCACCGACAGUAAAAUUUUACAAGAGUAUAUUACUCAAGAAGGCCACAAACUGGAAACUGGAGCUCCACGCCCACCUGCCACUGUUACCAAUGCUGUUUCCUGGAGGUCAGAAGGGAUAAAGUAUAGGAAAAAAAAGUGUUUCUGGGACGUUAUAGAAUCUGUUAACCUCUUGGUUAGUGCCAAUGGAAACGUAUUGCGCAGUGAGAUAGUUGGAUCCAUUAAAAUGAGAGUCUUUCUCUCAGGAAUGCCAGAGCUUCGCCUCGGUUUAAAUGAUAAAGUACUCUUUGAUAAUACAGGCCGUGGCAAAAGCAAAUCGGUGGAACUAGAAGAUGUAAAGUUUCACCAGUGUGUUCGUCUCUCUCGCUUUGAAAACGACAGGACAAUCUUUCAUCCACCUGAUGGAGAGUUUGAACUCAUGUCAUAUCGUCUUAACACCCAUGUAAAACCACUCAUCUGGAUUGAGUCUGUGAUUGAGAAACAUUCCCACAGCCGCAUAGAAUAUUUUCUCUAGCAAAAGAGUCAGUUCAAAAGGAGAUCAAGCAACAAUGUGGAGAUUCACAGUCCCAGUUCCAAUGAUGCAGACUCACCAAAAUUUAAAACCACAGUGGGUAGUGUCAAAUGGGUUCCAGAAAAACGUGAAAUUGUCUGGUUUAAAUCAUUUCCGGGGGGAAAGGAGUAUUUGAUGCGGGCUCACUUUGGGCUUCCAAGUGUUGAAGCUGAAGAUAAAGAAGGCAAACCUCCCAUCAGUGUCAAGUUUGAAAUUCCAUAUUUCACCACAUCAGGAAUACAGGUCCGCUACUUAAAGAUAAUUGAGAAGAGUGGGUAUCAGGCUUUGCCAUGGGUUCGCUAUAUCACCCAAAAUGGAGAUUAUCAGCUCCGAACACAAUAGUACUCUUUCCAACCAGAACAGAUGACAAAUCUUCAGGUCUAGAAUUUGUUUGUAGAAAACUUUGUGGUAGUGAAGGCUGUGAACGUUGUCUCCAGGGUAUUAUAUCAGCAAACUUUAACUGAGGAGGAGAGAGAGCAUUUUUUAAAUUAUGUUCAACACUAAGUGUUUGGACUAUUAGUGCAGGUUGUAUGGAUGUCUAAUUCUUAAAGCAUGUUACUACUUCUGCUAAGUGCUGAUCAUAUUAGGAGUAGCAGUUAUUUUGAGAAGCCAGGAUUGCCUUGCUAGUCAUACUUCAAUGUUCCAUAUUUUAAAAGUGUGUAAAUACCAUCUUUAAAACCAGUGGAAGCAUUAUUUAAAAACUAGAGAGGUCAUGGUGCAACUGAAGUGGCUGCUAAGCAUUCUUAGUUGUAAAUAAUCCUGGGCCUUUAUUUCACACUGAAAACACCUGACAGUUUUGAGGCUUAUUUCUUAGCUUGCAAAGGAAUUAUUAAAGGUACUGAUGAGUCAAGAAAGGUAGGGUUCUAAAUUCAAAAUAAAAGUUGGUUUUAUUGACAAAGUUCAGCCCAUUUAAUAUCUGUCAAACCUUGAGAUAUUGGGGGUGGUGGUUGUAAGCAUAAAUUUGAUUAAAAAAAAUACAGGUGCAUAAACUACUAUAGUAACUUGAAGGGGAAGAUACAUCAAGAAUAAAUGCCCAUAGUCUCUGUGGAGUAUCGUGGUCAAUGCUUGUUCAAAUUAUGGAGCCAAGAUGCAAAGCUGAGAAGUCCAAACAAAGUAAGAAAACUCAGUAUCAACUAUCAUAUAAAACUUGCUUGGCUUUGAUAUUUCUAAUUGCAAAAAAUCUAAAAAUUAAAGGUCUCAAUUUGUAAAUAUGAAACUUCAGUUUAACCAUAUUGGCUUUUAAAUGUUUAAAACAAAAUUCAGCAGAUGGAACAUGUUUGUAAGUAGUAAUAACUGAUAGUACUUCAGGCACUUCCUGAUAACUGAUUGCUGUCAUUAGAGGGGCUGGUAGAUAAAAGAAUAAGAAAUUACAUAUUUGUCAUCCAGGUUAGAUUUAGGUAAAUUCUUUUUUCUUCAAUUUUCAAGAAUUUUUUACAUUUUCUUCAGCUUCUCCUGAAAGGCUACUUUCUUUGACAGUCUCUUCCACUUGUAAAUGGUUUCCCAGUGCUUCAUUAUAAGCUUUCUGGCAGAAAUCAUCACAGUUCAAAAUGUUACACUUUCAAGCUUUAGAACUUGUUUUUUAUAUUUUUCUUUUGAGGAUGCUGCAAACUGCGUAGUUGCAUCAAUUUCAGAAAAUGUUAAACAGUGGUUAUAUCAGUGUUUUCUUUAAAAAGGACUUAAAACCUUUAUUUUUAAUGUGAAUUUAUUGCUCCUGCCAGGUUUUAGCUUAACAACAUUGAAGACUGAAUAUCGCUGUCCGCAAUUGAUGCAGCACAGAUAAUUGGGGUGCAAGCUUUACCACCCCUAUUCUGCCAUGCUAGAGUGCCUGAGCUAUGCCCCAGAGGGGAGAGAGGAUAGGUCACUGUGCCUGUUUUUGUUCCUUGUAGAUAUUUGUGUACUAUAUUUAUGCAAUAUUAUAUUAGAAAUACUCUCAAAAUUCCACUGAACAAUUUAGCUUUGAUAUUAGAGGAGGAUUUAUUUCAGAGAGGACUAAUUCUGCAGAAGACUGAAAUAGCAUUGUUAUGAAAGCAACUGGAAAAUCACAUAAUCGUAGCUGGAUAAUUAGAAUGUUAAGCAUGGAUGCAUGUAGUUUUCUGGAGUAAGUUUAUAGGAUUUUAUUAUCCACCAAAAUGUUAAAACAAAUUAAAUCCUCUUACACCAGAUUUUGGUUUACUACUAUCAUUUCUGGUUGAAAUUUUAAUCUUGAGACCAAAUUGACCAUUUUACAAGCUUAAUAUAAAGUGCUUAGCUAACCUUUUACAUAAUCCAUCAGAUGAUGUCUUCAGCCUACAUUGUUUAUGUAGUAUUUUUAAUUAUUUGCUUGUUAAAUGUGGCAGUGUGUUAUCAUUUUGGUUUUCCUUGUUGAAGCAUGUACCUUACAAACCAGAACAGUAUUUUACUGGCUCUUUGCAGCUGCUGAAGUUCGAUUAUAUUGGAGUGGCCAUAGACAGCAAAGAACAAGAAAUCAUUCUUGCAUCAUUAAAUUCUGCUGUCAUUCUUCAGUUGCUGUAAGGUAGAAGGGUCUGAAUCUGCCUGUGGAUUAAAGUACCUCCAGUUAACAGGAUUGAUUCUGAACUCCUGGAGCAUGUUUUAUAAAUGUUGAAAGUAUUAAUUUAAUAUGCCCAAUUUGAUUACUAUCACACUGUAAGACUGUCGACAUUAAAUAUUUGCGGUACGCAGGUCAAUCAACUACAUGUGCGUAUUUAUCAAACUGCACAAAUUACAAUAGAAAGACCUUCACAGUUUGUCAUUCACAUUAUCAGAUACUUCCAAAAGGGCCAAUUUAAUCCAACAGUGGCCCAAAUGUUCUGUAUCUACAUACUAUACGGAUGUAAAGCAGAAAUAAGAGCUGUGACAUUAAUCUAGUGCUGGUCUUUGUUUAGAGGCUAUUUCUAUAUUCCUCUUCCUUUGGCUAAAUAUUAAAAUUCGUUCCUUUACAAUU